ACAGGUGAACACUAUGAUGAGUCCCUCACUCACUGAUUGAUAUCAAGAAAACUGGAUGCUUCUGUGAUUGUGCAACUGUCUUAUGAGAUUAAGUCUCUUGUGUAGAGUGGAGCAAGUAGAGCUUCUUGUGUGAAUGCUAAGUUUUGAAAAGCCUCAGUGACUGAGGGUUGCAUGAGGGUGUCACGACAUUUGUGAAUACGUUGAGUGGUAGUGUGUUUGUGAAUCAAAUCAACACACUGGCAUUCCUACAGGUAUGGAUUUUUUUGAGUGGUAUAUGACCUAGUGUUUAGGUGCCUAAUCCGUUCCUUAUUGCUUGAAUAUUUAACUCAGGCUCUCUUACUACUCGUUGUUUGUCAGUAGGCAAAGGAAAACUUCCGAUUGUGUGUCUGAAGCCAUCUUGUGAAACCACAAAUGAUAAUGGCUCUGGGUAGAAUGGAGAUGGUGUGAUGUUUGUGAAUAGGCUUAGUGUCAGUGAGGACGGGAGUCAAUGCACUGACAUUGUGGAAUGUAUGGAUUAUUCUGGGUUGUAGUAUCUCCCACGGUUGAGACUUUUAAUUUGCUAUUUGUUGUUCACAGUUCUUUUAGAACAUUGAAAACGCCACAGCCUGAUGUGAUUGGUCAGUUUGGAAUGCGAUUGUGAGCAUUCCCAUUGGUUGUUCCAACAUGAGGUGAAGGUCACUGGAAAUUCUAGAAUGUUCCAUGGCGUAUGACCUAUAAACAUGCGAGUAAUUGUUUUCUACGGUUAGUUAGAACAGCCUGCCUAUUGAUUUGAUUUGUAUUUGAUCAUGCCGAACGCAAUUGGAAUCGAUCUUGGUACCACGUAUUCAUGUGUUGGUGUUUUCCAGCAUGGGAAAGUGGAGAUCAUUGCCAACGACCAAGGGAACCGAACGACGCCGAGUUAUGUUGCGUUCACAGACACUGAACGUUUGAUUGGUGAUGCUGCUAAGAACCAGGUGGCGAUCAACCCAACGAACACAGUGUUCGACGCGAAGCGACUGAUCGGUCGACGAUUUGAUGACUCUUCAGUUCAGAGUGAUAUGAAGCACUGGCCCUUUGGUGUUAUUAAUGAGGGUGGUAAGCCGAAGAUCCGUGUUGAAUACAAGGGUGAGACGAAGACAUUCUUCCCUGAGGAGAUCUCGUCGAUGGUGUUGACGAAGAUGAAGGAGGUGGCUGAAGCGUAUUUGGGUCGGACGGUGAAUGAUGCAGUGGUGACAGUUCCUGCCUACUUCAACGACAGUCAACGUCAAGCUACUAAGGAUGCGGGUGCGAUCGCUGGUCUGAAUGUGUUGAGAAUCAUCAACGAGCCGACGGCUGCUGCUAUCGCGUAUGGUCUGGACAAGAAGGUUGGUGGUGAGCGUAAUGUGUUGAUAUUCGAUUUGGGUGGUGGUACUUUCGAUGUGUCUAUUCUGACAAUUGAGGAUGGUAUAUUCGAGGUGAAGUCUACUGCUGGUGACACUCACUUGGGAGGUGAGGACUUUGACAACCGUUUGGUGAAUCACUUUGUGCAAGAGUUCAAGCGUAAGCACAAGAAGGAUAUAAGUGACAAUAAGCGUGCCAUUCGUCGUUUGAGAACAGCUUGUGAACGUGCUAAGCGUACACUGAGUUCAAGUACACAGGCGAACUUGGAGAUUGAUUCGUUGUGUGAUGGUAUUGACUUCUACACAGUGAUCACUCGUGCUCGAUUUGAGGAGUUGAAUGCUGAUUUGUUCCGUGGUACAUUGGAGCCGGUUGAGAAGGCUUUGAGAGACUCAAAGUUGGACAAGGCUCAGAUCCAUGAGAUUGUGUUGGUUGGUGGUUCAACACGUAUUCCUAAGAUCCAGAAGAUGCUUCAGGACUUUUUCAACGGUAAGGAGUUGAACAAGUCUAUUAAUCCUGAUGAGGCUGUUGCUUAUGGUGCAGCUGUGCAGGCGGCUAUUCUGAGUGGUGAUAAGUCUGAGGCAGUGCAAGACUUGUUGUUGCUGGAUGUGGCGCCAUUGUCACUGGGUCUUGAGACGGCUGGUGGUGUUAUGACAGCACUGAUUAAGCGUAACACGACGAUCCCGACGAAGCAGACUCAGACGUUCACGACGUACUCGGACAACCAGCCAGGUGUGCUUAUUCAAGUGUACGAGGGAGAACGUGCUUUGACGAAGGACAACAAUUUGCUUGGUAAAUUCGAGUUGUCUGGUAUUCCACCUGCUCCUCGUGGUGUUCCUCAGAUUGAGGUGACAUUCGACAUCGAUGCUAAUGGUAUUCUGAAUGUGUCAGCUACGGACAAGAGUACUGGUAAGCAGAACAAGAUAACUAUCACGAAUGACAAGGGUCGUUUGUCGAAGGACGAUAUUGAGCGUAUGGUGAAUGAAGCAGAGAAGUUCAAGGCUGAGGAUGAGAAGCAGAGAGAGCGUGUGUCUGCGAAGAACUCACUUGAGAGUUAUGUGUACGCGAUGAAGCAGCGAGUUGAGGGUGAUGAGUUGAAGGACAAGAUACCUGAGGAUGACCGUAAGAAGGUAUUGAGCAAGUGUGAAGAGACGAUUCAAUGGCUAGACGCGAAUCAGCAAGCAGAGAAGGAUGAGUAUGAGUACCACCAGAAGGAGUUGGAGGGUGUUUGUGCACCGAUAAUCACAAAGAUGUAUCAGGCAGCAGGUGGUGGCGGUAUGCCGGGUGGAAUGCCUGAAGGUUUUCCAGGUGCAGGUGGUGCUAGCAGCGGUGGCGGAAAAGGACCAACAAUCGAGGAGGUUGACUAAGAGAAGAGAAGAGAAGAGGCAGGUGAUUUUGUGUAUAAACUUUGAUAAUGAUGGUAUAUUGAAAUAAAUUUGGAUUGCAUUUGG